AUGUCAUUUAAAAUGGAGUGGAAUAGAAUUAUAUCAAUUUUAUGUGUUUACGGGUUUCUCAAAGAGUUCAGGCCCUCUGAACCUUUUAUAUCGCCUUUUUUAAAUGGUCCACAUAAAAACUUCACAGAAGAAGAAAUAAAUCAACAAAUUUAUCCAGUAGCUACAUAUUCUAAUUUGAGCUUAUUAGUAAUUAUUUUUCUAUUGACUGAUUUGUUAAAGUAUAAACCUGUAAUUAUUUUAGGAGGGGUAGCUGGAAUUAUAACAUGGACAAUAUUACCAUUGGCAAAAAAUUUAAGUGUUAUACAAGUGUCUCAAUUUUUUUAUGGAUUAUUUUCUGCUACAGAGGUAGCUUAUUAUUCUUAUUUGUAUGCGAAAUUAGAUAAAGCACAUUAUCAAAGAGCGACAUCAUUAGCCAAAGCUGUUAUUUUAAUUGGUAAAGCGAGUAGUGGGUUAACAUCCCAGGUAUUACUUCAUUUUUGUGUUAUGGAUUAUUUAGAAUUAAAUUAUAUUACUUUGGGAGCCUUAACAUUAGCUACAAUUUGGGCAUUAUUUUUUCCAAGCGUGUCUCAUAGUGCUAUUUGUACAUACCUAGUUGGAUUUUUAAAACUUAGAUGGGACAUUUAUGGCGAAUUAGUUCUUGCUGUUUGUUCUAUUGUUCAGGGAACAUUAAUUUUACAAAGUACACAUGUUGAUGCUUUAAUAACUAAUUAUAUAUUAUUUAUUGCUUUUCGUGCUGUGUAUCAGUCUUCCAAUACUAUUGCUUCAUCUGAAAUUGCCAAACAUAUUCAUUCAGAAAGUUAUGCAUUAGUUUUCGGUUUAAAUACAUUUGUCGCAUUAUUAGGACAAACAAUAUUAACUGUUUUAGUUAUAGACUAUUUAAAAAUGAAUAUUAAGACUCAAUUUUUUAUUUACGGUAGUUAUUAUAUAGUUAUUGGAAUCGCAUUUGCUUUGUCCGGUGUUUUUUCUAUAUUUAAAUAUUGUAAAUCAAAAUUAACGAAAAAAUCAUCGAGUGGUGAUAUAUGA